CUCUUUAGGGUUAUGUCGUGAUGAUUGAGAUUCUGUUCUACUACUAUUUAGUUUGACAUUGAACUGUACUUUUGGCAAUUAAAUUAAAAACUGAAGUGAUUUUCUCACAAAGUUUAUUAACUCACCUGCUUAAAUUUAACAGCCCUAGAAAUCUUUCUCAUGAGAUGAUAAUUUUUCUAAUUUUUAGUUUGUUUCGAGUGUGAUGGUGCUUCUGUUAAUACCCAUCUUGGAACAACACAACAAGAAGAAACCAUGCCGAAGAACAAGGGAAAGGGAGGAAAGAACAGAAAGAGAGGAAAGAAUGAAGCCGACGAUGAAAAGCGUGAACUUGUGUUCAAGGAAGAUGGGCAAGAGUAUGCCCAAGUGCUUCGUAUGCUUGGCAAUGGACGGUGUGAAGCCAUGUGCAUUGAUGGCACUAAGCGCCUUUGCCAUAUCCGUGGAAAGAUGCACAAGAAGGUUUGGAUUGCUGCUGGUGAUAUAAUUCUUGUUGGGCUUCGUGACUAUCAGGAUGACAAGGCUGACGUGAUCCUUAAGUACAUGCCUGAUGAAGCAAGGCUCUUGAAAGCCUAUGGCGAGCUUCCAGAGAACACGCGUCUCAAUGAAGGCAUUGUCGAUGAGGAGGAUGAAGGAGGUGCUGAUGAUUAUGUAGAGUUUGAAGAUGAAGAUAUAGAUAAGAUCUAGGGUUUUGGAAUUGGUUAUGUUUGAAUCAUGUGUUGGAAGAGAGAUAUGGUGGUUGCUGUUAAGAAGCCUACAAUAUGUGGGAUUUGUUCCAUAAUGCAUAAGUUUACAUUUAUAAGUGGUGAAUGUGUCAUUAUUAGAUGUUUGCUAGUUUCACUAAUGUGUGUUCCAUAUCUCAAAUUUACUUUUAUAGAGAUGAUAAUGAAAUUUUAGCUUAUUAUGAGCA